GCAUGAUAUGCGCGGCAUGCGCGCAUAUGUUUGGCUGCGAGCUGCGAAGGCGGUUGGCGCCUGACGGUUGUUAUUUGUCAUAGCAGACGGUGUACGGUGUGUUGUCCAACUGUCGCGAACAGUCGCGAAAGAUGAUGACCUCGUCAGAAACGUCGGAGGUGGAGAAUCUGGGAGGUGAGAAAGGUCCCGAAGAUUCAGCGAUCCUGGAAGUGAGCUCCAUGGCGGUGGGCGGAAUCGUCAAGCAGGAGAGCCGCGACAUCGAUUUCCUGUCCAACUGUAGCACCUCCAUCGAGGGGUCCGUGAUUGCAUCUCCUUCUAUCGAUAGCUUUUCCACUCUGCCGGAUCAGGAGAUAUCAGACUUUCAGAUGGAUUCGCGAGAUCUGCAGGUGAAAGUAGACAAUCCGCAAAAACAUCUAGAAACCUUGGAGACGUAUAUUACAUUCCGUAUAACGACUAGAACUACGCGCCCAGAAUUUGAGGAAGGGGAAUACAUAGUUCGCAGACGCUACAAUGAUUUUAUAUGGCUGCGUCAAAAGUUAGUGGACAGUUAUCCGACACAUAUUAUACCACCAAUGCCAGGCAAACAUACACUUCUCGCUCAACUGGAUCGUUACUCCAAGGAGUUUAUUAUAGCCCGCAUGAAGCUUUUGCAUAUAUUCCUGAACAGAGUGGUGAAUCAUCCUAUUCUCAGUUGUGACAAGAAUUUCCAUAUUUUUCUCACUACUAAACCUGCAGAAUUUCUCAUUUAUCGUAAAAAUCGUGGAAAUGUGCUCGGAAAAAUGACCGAUUCUUUGCAAAACAUAGCAAGUACGUAUACAAUGAAACAGCAUCAUUUGGAAUUUGAGCAAAUUCGGGACUAUUGUACAGCGUUGAGCGAAAAACUGUCGGCCAUAGAUAAAAUCAAUCAUCGCAUACACAAGGAAAGGCAAGAUUAUUUAUUGGAGCUUCAUCAGUUACAUCCCAUAUUCACAUUGUGGGCAACCUCAGAACCGGAACUCGCGGCUAUUCUUUUGGCAAUCGCUAAGGCAGUAGAAACGAACGCGAUAGCUCAUCAGAAACUUCUGGAAAAUGUUCCAAAUGAUGAACGCGAAUACGUCUCGUAUAUAGAAGCGGUCAAGAACGCAUUGUCUCGACGUGAUUCGAUGCAGAUUGAAUAUGAGAUAACCGUUGAUGUAUUAGCAAAGAAGAGAUUAGAAAAGGAUCAGUUGGUAGGAAAUACAAACUACACAAUACCUACCCAAGGCUGGGGUGGAUCUUUAUGGAAAGCAGAAUCUCGUGAUGAAAAAUUGGAGAGACUCGGCCAAACCAUUCCGCGAUUAGCCAAGCAAGCGGAAAUACUGCAGGAUCGCGUGGAAUGUGCAAACGAGAAUCUGCGAAGCGAUUUGCAAAGAUGGAACGUAGAGAAACAACAGGAUAUAAAGAAUAUGCUAAUCGCGAUGGCGGAUCGACAUAUCAAACAUUAUCAACAGUGCAUGAACGCGUGGGAAGAAAUUCUCGCCGGCCUUAAAUUGGACGGGAUUGGAUCUGAUACUAACGUAGGUCCGCCUGUUAAGAUACCUAUUUAAAUUGCUAGUCUUUCUUCGCUACCCUAAAAAAAAAAAAACAAUAUAGAAUAAAUAUUCGUUACACGUAGAAAGAUAAUAACACACCAAUUCAAGAGAAUCUCUAUUAUUAAAUAAUGACAAAAAGUUUAUUGCAAAUCCAAAGAACAAUCUAUCGUCAGCUUCAAUAUCAUUACUUCUAAAAUCGAAUCAUUUCUUCGGAAUCUCAAGAAGAUUACCACACAGUUAUUGUAAUUAUUUAAUAAUGGCGGAAUUGCAAUGAACGCGUUUGAUGAUAAUAAAAAUCGCGUAUUUAUGUAUGUACAUAUAAUACGCUAAUAUCAAAACUCUAUUUGGAAAACUCGCCUUUAUGAUACAAUAUUCUUGUGAUAAUGUGAAAAAUUAAGUAUAUAACGCGUUUGGUCCUAUAUACAUGUAUGUGAGGGAGCAAGUUUUUUCAGUAUAUAUCAUGUA